AUGAUUAAUACAAUUGGAUUUUUGCCGAACUCUACCGAAAUUAGACAGUUGAAUGAAUUUGUACCAAAUGAAAGUGUAAAGGAGCACCUUGAAUAUCUUCAGAUACCAAUAUUACCCAGGAAAGAUGUUGACUCUUCUGAUAAGCUAUCUGAAGAGAGACCAGUGAUUAAGAGCACAGAUAGCAUUUUAUUCUGUACAUCAAAUACAGAGGAAAUAAGUACUGUUGCAUUUUAUGGAUACGAUGAUACUGAAAUAUUCGUCCACCACGAUAUGUUUGUAUUCAGUACAAUUAUUGAUAGUUGUUUCAUCAAAAAUACCCUAAUAGGAGUAGCAACAUUUGAACCAGCCAUAAUGAUUUAUGAUUUUAUGGUUGAUUUUCCCGUUCUUCCACAAUAUCUCCUUAUUGGUCAUACUGGACCUGUCACUGGUAUUAAAAAUAAAUUUGAAAAGCUUAUGUCCUGCUCAGAGGAUAAGAUGAUUAUUGAAUGGGAUAUAAAUGAAAUGAGACUCAGAUCCCAGAAAAACCAUGAUGUUUCAAUUGAAAGAUUUGAUUUCGAAGGCAAUAAUCUGGUAUUCGGUUCACAGAAAUACUUGAAUAUUAAUAAUGAAAAUAUAUCACUUGAUUAUGACAUUGAGCAGUUGAAGAUUAGAGAUAAUCUGGUAUUUGUUUCAGACUGUGAAGGAUAUAUCCAGAUAUAUGAUGUACGAAUGCCAGGCAAAGCAAUGAUUUCCCAAAGGCUUCAUGAAUCGGCAUUAGUUGAUUUCUGUCUGGCUAAAGACUGGAUUGUUACCACCUCACAGGAUUGUACUGUUAAAUCGUGGAAAACUAAAGAAUUAGCUUUGAGAUAUAUAUCAGAAAUUAAUACUCCAGGCUCGCAAGUACUAUCGCUUGGAUAUAAUGAAUAUAAUAAUCUCGAUGAAGUAUUUGCGGGAGACGAAAAUGAUAAUGUAUUUCCAAUUAAAUUGGAGGAAAAUGCGCAAAAUGAACUAGAUUAA